UCGUUUUGUGGUCCUAUAUGUCAAAAGAAAAAUAUUGUUAAGGGUAAACGAUCUCCUUAUAUUGUCAUUACCUUAAGGGUACAAAAUUUGCACUGUACGUACUGUAAAUUAUAUAUUUUAAUUUAUAUUUAAAUUAAAAUGACAGAACAAAUUUUAGAAGAAUGGGAUGAAUUAACUUCAGAUUUUAAGCAAUUGGAGGUUGAUAAUAAGAGAUAUCUUCAACAGCUGGAAGAACUGACCAAUAUUCAGAAAAAAUGCCUAAAUCACAUUUCCCACCAGCGUUAUAGAAUUGGCAUUAUUUCCAAAGGCAUUAAGGAAUUGAGCAGACAGAAUGCAGAAAAGGAGAAAUUAACAGAAUUAAAAAAUAAUAUUAUGAACCGGAAGGCACAGUUAUAUGAAAUUGAACAAACUUUGCCUAAACCUAAUGGUAUUUAUUUAAAAAUAAUUUUAGGAAAUGUUAACGUUUCUAUACUCAAUAAAGAAGAGAAAUUCAAAUAUAAGGAUGAGUAUGAAAAAUUCAAAUUGAUACUCAGCAUGAUUGGCAUUGUUAUGGCUGUACUUAAUUUCUCGGUAAGGUUUAGAGCACUGGAACUCAGUUAUAUAUUUUUAUUGGUUUGGUAUUACUGUACACUGACCAUAAGAGAGAGUAUUCUCAAAGUUAACGGUUCGAGGAUAAAGGGUUGGUGGAGGUUACAUCAUUUCUUGUCAACAGUAGCUGCGGGGAUCUUAUUAAUUUGGCCAGACAAUGAGACAUGGUCGCAUUUUAGAAACCAAUUCAUGAUGUUUAAUGUCUACAUAAGUCUUGUGCAAUAUCUACAAUUUAGAUACCAAAGGGGAGUAUUAUACAGACUGAAAGCACUAGGUGAGAGACAUAAUAUGGAUAUCACUAUCGAGGGAUUCCAUUCGUGGAUGUGGAGGGGUUUAAGUUUUUUGUUACCAUUUUUGUUUAUUGGAUAUUUAUUCCAACUGUACAAUGCUUAUACACUAUUUUUAUUAAGUUAUAAUGAAACUACAACAUGGCAUGUACCCGUUCUAAGUGCCAUGUUCUUUAUAUUAUUUGUCGGAAACACAUUAACAACAAUAUCUGUUAUUCCUUCGAAAUUUCAUGAAAAGGUAAAGUUGCAAUAUAGAGUGAUGAGCCAAAGAUUAAGUAGUCAGCUCUUGAAUAGAGAGGUUGAAGAAAUUAUAGAAUCAGUAAAAAAUGAUUAGAUAAUAGCACUGACACUUUGUAUAGGACUGAAAAUCACAGAAAUGGACAUAGGAUGUGAAUAUAGUCAUUAUUUUAUAUUUUGUUAUUUCUGGUAAAUAGAUAUUAAUAAAAUUAUAGAAUUUUU